AUGCAAAAAGGCCAUCACCACGUAGACCCCUACGACCCUUCCCGCCCAAAGCUACCACUCAAAGCGCGGCUAAAACACUUCACCUGGGCCUGGUACACCCUCUGCAUGUCCACCGGCGGUCUCUCCCUCUUGAUCGCCGCGCAACCACACACCUUCCCCGGCCUGCGCCAGAUCGGCAUGACAGUAUACAUCAUCAACAUCAUCAUCUUCGUCCUCCUGACCUCCCUCCAAAUCACGCGCUUCAUGCUCCACGCCGGCUCCUUCAAAGCCAGCCUCACGCAUCCGCGCGAAGGCUUCUUCUUCCCCACCUUCUUCCUCAGCAUCGCCACUUUGAUCACCUCCACCCAAAAAUACGGCACCCCUCCCGACAGUGAACCAAGCCAGGACCUCGUCUGGGUUUUGCACAUUGCCUUCUGGAUCUACCUCAUCCUCGCCACCGCCGUCGCCAUAGGGCAAUACUCCUUCCUCUUCAGCCAAAAACGCUCCUUCUCCCUAGCCACCAUGAUGCCCACUUGGAUCCUGCCCAUCUUCCCCAUCAUGCUCUCGGGAACCAUCGCAGCCGUCAUCUCCCCCUUCCAACCCCCUCACCGCGCCAUCGUCGUCAUCUGCGCCGGCCUAACCUGCCAAGGUCUAGGCGCCGCCGUGGCAUUCAUGAUGUACGCCCACAUGGUCGGCCGUCUCAUGUCCGUCGGCCUUCCCGACCGCGAACACCGUCCCGGUCUCUUCAUGUGCGUUGGCCCGCCCUCCUUCACUGCGCUAGCAUUCAUCGGCAUGGCGCAGGGACUUCCGCGGGACUUUGAUCACGACAUGGACGGGUUCAUCGACGCAGGCAUGAUUCGCACCAUGGCUGUCAUUGGCGCCGUGUUUCUCUGGGCGCUAGCUUUCUGGUGGUUCUUUAUUGGUGUUUUGGCUGUGUUGGCGAGCAGACCGAAAUAUUUCCAUUUGGGGUGGUGGGCGAGUGUGUUUCCCAAUACGGGAUUCACGUUGGCGACGAUUAGUAUUGGGAAUGCGUUCAAGAGCGAUGCGGUGCUGUGGGUGGGGACGGGCAUGAGUUUGUGUUUGUUGGGGACGUAUUUGUUUGUGUUGGGGAACCAUGUGCGGGCGGUGGUGGUGCAGGAUAUUUGUUAUCCGGGGAGGGAUGAGGAUGUGGAGGAUCAUUAGAUGGUCAGUUUGUUUUGUUGUUUUGUUUUGGUUUCUUGGGAUUUUGAAUACUGGCAAGCGACAAGUAUGCUUCGUUCUGUGAUUUAGAUUUUAUUUGUGUUGGUGUUAAAAGGUGGCCGGGCGGCAAGCGAUGUUUGGCGAUCAACUUUUUUU